UAAUGAGUAGGUAGCUUGAUCAUUUUGAUUCUUCUUUUCAUAAUAAAAUGAUGGGGAACGCGGAGCAAUAGAUCGAAUUAUCAUAUAAAGAAGAGUUGUAAACUAUAGGACUUUUGUUCGAGUAUGAAUAUUUCGGUUUUUCUCGUUCCAAAACCUCAACAAGGGAAAAGUCACAAAUUAAUGAAUUACCCCAUCAGAGCUGAAACCAAAUUUCUUUGUUUCACGUGUCUUUCUGCUUCCCCAUGCAUUCAAUAGUUUAAAGUCAACUUUCUUCCAUUCUUCAUGCCUUCUAACAUGAGUUAUGAACAUGCUAAAACCCUCUUCCCUAAACCCCUUAAAACAGCUACCACCAUUUCAACCCACCACUACCAAGUCAUUCAACGCUAUCAUCAACCAACUCUCAUCCCAAGGCGCCCACCAUGAAGUUUUACUCACCUAUUCCUCUAUGCUCAACACAAAUACUCCUCCAGAUGCCUUUACCUUCCCUAGUCUCCUCAAAGCCUGUACCUCUUUGGAACUGUUUUCACAUGGCCUCUCGUUCCAUCAACUUGUCAUUGUUAAUGGGUAUUCCUCUGAUUCUUAUAUUGCGUCUUCUUUGAUCAACUUCUAUGCAAAAUUUAGGUGCGUAAGUAGUGCUCAGAAAGUAUUUGACAUAAUGCCUGAUAGAAAUGUUGUUCCUUGGACUGCAAUUAUCGGAUGUUAUUCACGCCUGGGUGAUGCUAAUAUGGUGUUUUCUGUGUAUAAUGAGAUGAGGCGCCAAGGAAUUCGGCCCAGUUCAGUUACAUUGUUAAGCAUGCUCUCUGGAGCUCCAGAACUUAACCAUGUGCAGUGCUUGCAUGGUUGUACAGUUUUGUAUGGUUUUGAGUCAGAUAUAGCUUUGGCUAAUUCUAUAUUGAAUGUAUAUGGUAAAUGCGGAAGCAUUGAGGAUGCUAAAGACCAUUUUAAAUUUAUGGAUCAUAGGGACAUGAUUUCAUGGAAUUCUUUGAUAUCGGGCUAUGCCCAGAUUGGGGAUAUUAGUGAAGUUUUGCAGCUUUUAGAUAGAAUGAGAAUUGAAGGUAUGGAGCCUGACCAGCAGACAUUUGGGUCUUUGGUGUCUGUGACUGCAACACAAAGCAAUCUUAAAUGGGGAAAGUUGGUGCAUGGGAAGGUUUUAAAAGCUGGAUUUUACUUGGAUGCACAUGUUGAAACAUCACUUAUAGCUAUGUAUUUGAAAUGUGGGAACAUUGACAAUGCAUUUCGGAUAUUUGAACAGACCACAGAUAAAGAUGUAGUGUUGUGGACUGCAAUGAUCUCAGGGCUUGUGCAAAAUGAUUGUGCAGAUGAGGCACUUGCAGUUUUCUUUGAAAUGUUAAAAUCAAGAGUGAAGCCAUCUACUGCCACAAUAGCUAGUGCUCUUGCAGCUUGUGCACAACAGGAUUCUUAUGAUCUGGGGACCUCAAUUCAUGGUUACAUAUUAAGGCAAGGAAUGACAUUAGAUAUCCCUGCUCAAAACUCUCUUGUUAAUAUGUAUUCUAAGUGCAGUCAUUUGGAUCAAAGUUGUGCUGUUUUUGAUAGGAUGGCCAAGAGAGAUUUGGUUUCUUGGAAUGCAAUAGUUGCUGGGCAUGCUCAAAAUGGCCAUUUAUUUAAAGCCUUGUCCCUCUUCAAUGAAAUGAGGACAACCCUUCAAAGACCUGAUUCAAUAACUGUUGUCUCCCUUCUCCAAGGUUGCGCUUCCACUGGGGCACUCAAUCAGGGGAAGUGGAUCCACAAUUUUGUAAUUAGAAGUUGCCUUACACCAUGCAUCUUGGUCGACACAGCCUUGGUUGAUAUGUAUUCUAAAUGUGGUGACUUAGAUACUGCCCAGAAGUGUUUUGAUGGGAUGGCACAACAUGAUCUGGUUUCUUGGAGCAUAAUAAUUUCAGGAUAUGGUUGUCAUGGUAAAGGGGAGACUGCUUUGAGGAUGUAUUCAGAGUUUCUACGCACUGGAAUUGAACCAAACCAUGUCAUUUUCCUGUCAGUUCUCUCCACCUGUAGUCAUAAUGGGCUUGUCCAACAUGGCUUGAGUAUAUUCCAGUCUAUGACAGAAGACUUUGGUAUUGCACCAAACCUUGAACACCGUGCAUGCAUUGUUGAUCUACUUAGUCGUGCUGGGAGGGUAGAGGAAGCAUAUAACUUCUACAGGAGGAUGUUUCAAGAACCUACAAUUGAUGUGUUAGGCAUACUGCUUGAUGCUUGUCGGUUCAAUGGCAAUGAUGAACUUGGUGAUGUAAUUGCCAGAGAUAUUCUCAUGUUGAGGCCUGCAAAUGCAGGAAAUUAUGUGCAAUUGGCACACAGCUAUGCUUCAAUGAAUAGAUGGGAUGGAGUGGGUGAGGUGUGGACCCAAAUGAGGUCUCUUGGCCUGAAGAAACUCCCUGGAUGGAGUUUCAUUGAACUUCAUGGGGCCAUUACAACCUUUUUUUCAGAUCACAAUUUACAUCCUCAAUCUGAAGAUAUGGUGUCAGUAUUGAAAACUUUGAGCUGGGAAAUGAGGAAAAUGGACAUUAACAAAAAGACUAGCCAAGUGCAUUGUAUAUCCUAAAAUGUUGGUAAGAGGCAUUCAGGCAGUGGGUUUCUUAAAAGAAAACUCCCCUCAGCCAAUGUGUUUGGGAUGCCUGUUGUGUUAAUGGACAUGGAACCUGGAAUUCCAAUUUUUACUGAAACUUGUCUGCACAAUAAUUGCAGACUUCAAUUGUUUGUGCUCAUAGGAGUGUUGUACAAUUACAUGGGACUGUUACAGUGUUCA